UUUUUGUUGAAUUUAUGUAAACAAGAGUGAUUCCGUUUCCGUUGCCAAGGACAGUUUUUCCCUGUUUUUCCCUGAAAAUAUGUCAAUUUCCCUGGAUGCGCGGGAGGUGUUGCAUCACCUGAACGAGUUGGGGUACAAGAACAUCACAGCACACCAGUUGAAAGAGUUUAUUCGAGAUUUAAAGAAAUUAAUUAAAUACGACACCCUUCAGUGCAAAAUAUGCAAAUCCACAAAGUGCUCAUGUGCCCAGAAGCAUCGUCAGGGGCUGCUGUAUAGAGCACCAACAUUGAGCUUCCUGGCCAAAGUGCAUCGUCCGGAAAGAAAGAAGGACGAAGUUCAGAGUGAAAAUCUUCAGCCAUCGCGUCCGGAAUCAGUUAAUUCGAGAAGCAAGAUGUGGAUUCGCCCGAAAGUCACGCGACCAAAAACAAAGAGUGAUCCCGUAACCAUGCAUUCAAAGUAUCAGAAAGAGUGGGACAGGUUCAGAGACAAUAUUCCUGGACAAAAUAAGCACCUGGACCUGCGAUGGUCAAUCCGGGAGAAGUUGACCAAGGAGAGAGACCCGCGGAGUUAAAACUAUUACAUUUGUCUCUGGAAAGCUACUUUAUUAAAUUCUGUUGCCCUUUUUAAAA